GCCGCCAGUCUCAGCUUGGUCUCAACGUUCAUGCCGACCACUUCAUACCCUUCCCAUUUUUCUCUAUUCUGACGACCUCCGUGCUCUCUUUUCGCCCUAAUACGCUGCUCCCACGCGCGACGAUCAAGAAUACGCCCGGCUUGUGCUUUCGAAGAUCUGCGGAGAAACUCACCUCGAGCUCGCCUGCUUCUUUCGAAAUUAAAUACUUGCGCUAGAAGUACGACGGCGCGAGCUUACGCUUUCACGCCUUCCGUUUACGCUAGCUGCUGUCAAGCUACUGCCGAUGUCCAAUUUCCUCGGUGCCUACUCUGCGCUCUCGUCCUCCUCGCUGCGGCCGGAGGUGGCGUCUGUUCUCCAGUCGAUAACGGACGCAUACCCUUCGCAGAUCGAUCCCGGGACGCGCAAGACGCUUGUACAGACAAUUCUAGACGAUCUAACGAAGUGUGGUUCCGGAAAUGGGAAGAAGAGCAGGUUGACGGCCAAAGACGCCUUCCCUGCCUUGUUAGCUGUGAAGAUACUGGGCAAGGAACCCGCAGGCUCGGAAGUCAUCGCUACGUCCGCCAACCUUUCGACGCUCCUUGCGCUCUCUCGCUCUUUCAAAGAUGAUGCAGACGCGUCGAACGAGGCACUACGGUGCAUCGCGAAUGCCAUGUUAUUGAUCAGUUACGCGCGAGAUACCUACAUACGGAGCGAUGUCGGCGGCGGGGAUGCCGCAGUUGAGCUGCUUGAAAAAAGCACGAACGCGGAACGUAUCUUCCUCGCUUCGCGAAUCCUUUUUCUAUCCACGGUGUCGAUGGCGUCUUCCGCCAACUUCAUCCGUGCGCUCGUUGAGACGAAGCCGCCCGGGCACCCGGGUAAUAUCAUCGAAAUAAUUGGCGUGAAGCUGGACUGCCUGUCGAGGAGCAUCCAGACUAGCACGAAGCUAUCACGAGAGGCGAUGACCGACUUACUCAAGUUUACGUUUAAUCUGUUGUUACACUAUCCCAAGAUUGCAAACGACUCCGAGGAGAUAAUGAACAGGUCUGAGGAUGAGGCUAAGAUCAUGGGCGACUGUUGGAAUGAACGCCUCGACGGCAUCCUUCCUCCCCUUCUCCGAUCCUUUAACGCCCUCCCACCCUCCUUCCCCUCGCCGCUCGUACCCCCGAUGACACACAUUAUCCACUCACUCAUCACCAUCCCCGUCACGCCCUCCCUUCAUCCGAAGUGGCUCCAAUCGAGUCGCAGCGGCACUCCGCGCUCUCCUAAGAGUCGCGAGUCACCCUUCGGUUCUCCUCCGCAAAGCGCGAGUGCAAGCGCGAGCGGCUCGCCGACGCUCGGGCCCUCUAAGGACGCGAAGUAUAGCGCUUUCGACCGCGCGAUCUCUAAGCUUAGUGCCGGCCGGCGAUCGCUCUCGCUCUCUCGCUCUACCUCACCCUCUCCGUCAGCGCCUGUGGACGUACUCCUUCGCGUAUAUGACCUGCUCGACGUGUCGCUCUCGCACUACCUUCCGGGAAGCAUUGAUCCCGACGACAUGAGGGUGCGCGAAAAGUGUCGGGCGGAGGGAAAUGCCAACUUGGACGACGUGCUUGUGCCGCUCGUCCUGCUCGUCAACAAGCUGUGCACGGCGGACGAAGGUUCACGGGCGCGCAUGCGCGAGUGGGUGUUGCCCCCUGACCUCGAUCGCACGACACCGCUCGAAGGACGCCCUGACCUCUUAGGCCGCUGCUUGAGGUUACUCGCGAGUGUGCAUCAUACGCGCCUGAAGUCGGCUACUGGUGAGAUGCUCUACUCGAUCUGCGACUUCGACGCGAGUCUGCUUGCGUCGUACGUCGGGUACGGUAACGUCGCAGGCUUCCUCUUCCACAAAGGCAUCACCGGCCAGCCCUCACGGCCGUCCAACGCUCCUGUCCCGCAGAUAACACAGACGGGCGUGCCCAUCAACCCGAUCACUGGUAUCGCAGAGGAAGACAGGCCGGAAAUCGAGAUGACCGAUGAAGAAAAGGAGCGCGAGGCAGAGAAGUUGUUCGUCCUAUUCGACCGUCUCGAGAGGAGCGGGGCCCUUCAACCAAAUCAAAAUCCGAUACGCAGGGCAGCUCAAGAGGGUCGCCUAGGCUGAACGAUCUCUUCAGUUCAUCUCUCUUUCCAUCUUCCAGCUGUUCUCCAACUUCUCCGGCUCCCCGAGAACAUUGGCAACACUCUCGUUAUCUUGCCUAUUCUUAUCUUCUUAUUGCGCGGCAGUGGCAUCCACACAUUCUCAACUGAAUUGCUUGUUUUGCUUUUAAUACCCCCAUCAGAAUGUCCAUUCCCCUACCGCCUAACUUACGCUUCUGUUUAUAAUGCUCUGUUCUGUUGCAUGUCAUGUCUGUCACCGUAGCUCUCCAACAAAGUAGCAGUAUUUGAUCAACGA